UACUGCUUCUCCGUGUGAACGAUAAAAGGAGAAAGCUUCACAAGAGGACGCACUCUCUCGGACUCUUGGCUCUUCCGUUACUUCUUGCAAAAAUCCGGCGAGUGUCGUAAUCAACAGAGUCGACCAUGAAGUUGCACACAAAGCCGACUUUCUGCUUCCUGAUCUCCUUUUUAUUCCUCUGUGCUGUUGCAGAUCUUCAGGCACCUGUAGUCCACACAAAGCUCGGGAGUCUGAAAGGUGAGUAUGUGAGUGUAAAGGGGAAGGAGAGUGGGGUCCACGCCUUCCUGGGUGUUCCGUUUGCCAAGCCACCUUUGGGCCCUUCCUUGAGACUGGCUCCACCUCAGCCUGUAGAAGGAUGGGAAGGAGCGAGAGAUGCCACUCAGCAACCACCAAUGUGUAUUCAGUCUAAGCAAAGGGUUUUGGAUAUAUAUGAUAAACUUAGUGGAAUGCGGGCUGAUAUCCCAGACAUCUCUGAAGACUGUCUUUACCUCAACAUUUACACUCCUGCAAAAAGAGCUAAUGAUGCCAAGCUCCCAGUCAUGGUCUGGAUCCAUGGUGGGGGCUUUGCAUUGGGAUCGGCUUCAGUAUAUGAUGGCUCUGCUCUGGCUGCUUACCAGGAUGUGGUUGUGGUUCUGAUCCAGUAUCGAUUGGGACUUCUGGGUUUUCUCAGCACUGGAGAUGAGCACAUUUCAGGGAACUUUGGUCUGCUGGACCAGGUUGAGGCUCUCAAGUGGAUCCAGCAGCACAUUCACAACUUUGGAGGAGACCCAGGAUCAGUUACCAUAUUUGGGGAGUCUGCUGGUGGAGUGAGCGUGUCCCUCCUGCUUCUGUCACCACUGUCUGAUGGGCUGUUUCACCGUGCCAUUGCUGAGAGUGGCACAGCUGCAAUGGAUGUAGCUGUGGCAAAUAAUCCUUUACCAGUGGCACAGGCACUUGCAAAUGCAUCUGGCUGUAGCCUUGAAAGCACAAAGAAGAUCGGUGACUGCAUGAGAAACCUCGAUAUUGAAACCAUAGUGGGCUUUACACAGGAUCAAAAUGUGAUAUUUCAAAUAAAUGUUGACGGACAUUUCCUGACAAAACCUGUGGACGAGCUGUUCCGUAAACAUGAACUCCACACUCUACCAUUCAUGACUGGUGUCAAUAAUGACGAAGGGGGAUGGAUCCUUACAACACUCUUUGCUCCACAAAACUGGACAGAAGGAAUGGAUCGGGAGCAAGUUGUGAACAUAGUGUCCCUCUUCUACCCCAGUCCUAAAGAUGCAUUCAUGAGAGAUUUGAUAGCUGAUGAAUAUAUCGGAAAUGGUGAAGACCGUGUGAAAAAUAGAGAUGGGUACACCAAGAUCCUUGGAGAUAUGUUUUUCAACAUUCCAGCAGUUAAAGCUGCUAAUGCUCACAGAGACGCAGGUGCUCCUGUAUACCUGUAUGAGUACCAGCAUCCUCCUAAAUUCCUGCAGCAAAAACGGCCGAGCUUUGUGAGGAGUGACCAUGGGGAUGAAAUUUUUACAGUGUUGGGAUUUUGCUUCACAACUACCUAUGUUAAAUUAGCCGAUCCAUGUCCUGAGGAUGAGGAACAGUUGAGCAGAAUGAUGAUGAGCUACUGGGGGAAUUUUGCUCGCACAGGAUCUCCUAAUGGGGAUAACCUUGUCCACUGGCCAAAGUAUGGAGCUGAUGAAAAGUAUCUGGCGAUUGGUUUAAAAAAGCAGGUAACUGGUCAGUACCUGAAGAAGGACCAGUUUGUUUUCCUUACUCAGACUCUACCAGAGAAGAUCAAACAGCAUGAGGAAAAUGCAGAGCACAGCGAGUUAUGCACGUACAUGGAGAAAGCUGCACAUGAGGAAGCACUACUUCUCUUGGCUCUCCUCUCACUUUUGGCACAAUUGCUGAGUGUCGUAAUCUGCGCGAAGAGCACCAUGAAGUUCCGUGGAAAGCAGACUUUCUGUUUUCUAAUGUCCGUUUUAUUUCUCUGUGUCGCUGCAGACCUGAAUGCACCUGUAGUCCACACAAAGCUCGGGAGCCUGAAAGGUGAGUAUGUGAGUGUAAAAGGGAAGGAGAGCGGGGUCCACGCCUUCCUGGGUGUUCCGUUUGCAAAGCCACCUUUGGGCCCUUCCUUGAGACUGGCUCCACCUCAGCCUGUAGAAGGAUGGGAAGGAGUGAGAGAUGCCACUCAGCAGCCACCAAUGUGCAUGCAGCCUAAAAAUUUUGCUUUGGCUCUGAUUGAUAAACUUGGUGUCUUGCUAGCUGAUAUCCCAGACAUCUCUGAAGACUGUCUUUACCUCAACAUUUACACGCCUGCAAAAAGAGCUAAUGAUGCCAAGCUCCCAGUGAUGGUAUGGAUCCACGGUGGGGGCCUGUCACUGGGAUCAGCUUCAACAUAUGAUGGCUCUGCUCUGGCUGCUUACCAGGAAGCAGUUGUGGUUCUGAUCCAGUAUCGCUUGGGACUUCUGGGUUUUCUCAGCACAGGAGAUGAGCACAUUUCAGGGAACUUUGGUCUGCUGGACCAGAUUGAAGCUCUUAAGUGGAUCCAGCAGCACAUUCACAACUUUGGAGGAGACCCAGGAUCAGUUACCAUAUUUGGGGAGUCUGCUGGUGGAAUGAGCGUGUCCCUCCUGCUUCUGUCACCACUGUCUGAUGGGCUGUUUCACUGUGCCAUUGCUGAGAGUGGCACAGCUGCAAUGGAUCUACUUGUGGCAAAUGAUCCUCUACCAAUGGCACAGGAGGUUGCAAAUGCAUCUGGUUGCAGUCUUGAAAGCACAAAGAAGUUUGCUGACUGCAUGAGAAACCUUGAUAUUGAUAUCAUAGUGGGUUUUACAAAGGAUCGACGUUUAAGAUUUCCUGUAAAUGUUGACGGACACUUUCUGACAAAACCUGUGAACGAACUGUUUCAUAAACAUGAAUUCCUCACCGUACCAUUCAUGGCGGGCAUCAAUAACGAUGAAGGGGGAUGGCUGCUUAAAAAUUUAUUCAUUAGUGUUCCACCAAGCUGGGACGAAGGAAUGGAUCGGGACCAAGUCAUAAACGCAAUGUCCUUCUUCUACCCCAAUUCUAAAGAUGCAUUCAUCAGAGAUAUCAUAGCUGAUGAAUAUAUCGGAAAUGGUGAAGACUAUGUGAAAAACAGAGAUGGGUUCUCUGAGGUGGUUGCAGAUAUUUUAUUCAACACGCCAGUCGUUAAAACUGCUAAUGCUCACAGAGAUGCAGGUGCCCCUGUAUACCUGUAUGAGUACCAACAUUCCUUGAAUUUUUUGCAGAACAGAAGGCCAAGCUUUGUUGGAUGUGACCAUACAGAUGAAAUUUUUACAGUGCUGGGAUUCUGCUUCACAACUACCCAUGUUAAACUACCUGAUGUAUGCCUUGAAGAGGAGGAACAGAUGAGCAGAACCAUGAUGAGCUACUGGGGCAACUUUGCUCGCACAGGGUCUCCUAAUGGGGACAACCUUGUGCACUGGCCAAAGUAUGGAGCUGAUGAAAAGUACCUGGCGAUUGGUUUAAAAAAGCAGGUAACCAGUCAGUACCUGAAGAAGGACCGGUUUGUCUUCCUGACUCAGAUCCUCCCACAGAAGAUCAAACAGCAUGAGGAAAAGGCAGAGCACAGCGAGUUGUAGAACACACACCUUUUCUCUAUGAAGGGAAUACCUUCCUGUUUUUGAUAUCAAAGGGUUAUUAGAAGCUGCCUUAUCCAGAUCUGCUGCUUGUAAUCAGGGUUUUUAAUGAAUCUGGCGCUUUGAAAUAGAAGGUAAACAAGAGGUUCUUAUGAUGAUCUCUAGGUAUGUAAUUAGCUGUCCUUUAUUGCACAGAACAUUGUGUAAAACACUGUCACAAUGAAUUUCACUACAUUAAAACUAAAAGGUAACUUUGUCGCUAAAGUAAAACAGUGAAAAAUGAGAUCAUUCUUUUCUGCAGAUUGAGAACAUCUGUCUUUUCUGACAAUGUGAUACACAU